ANUGGAUAUCCAUGGAAUGUAAGAACAACGCAAUAUGCUGCUGAAAAUGGGCAUUUAGAAUGUUUGAUCUAUGCACAUAAAAAUGGAUGUCCAUGGGAUGAAAGGACAACGAUAUAUGCUGCAACAAAUGGGCAUUUAGAAUGUUUGAUCUAUGCACAUGAAAAUGACUGCAGUUGGAAUGAAGAAACAACAAGAAAAGCAGCUUUGAAUGGCCAUUAUGAAUGUUUAAAAUAUGCACAUGAAAAUGGAUGCCCGUGGGAUGUAACCACAACGAUAGCUGCUGCAACAAAUGGGCAUUUAAAAUGUUUGAUCUAUGCACAUGAAAAUGACUGCAGAUGGAAUAAAACAACCACAAGUAAAGCUGCUUUGAAUGGACAUUAUGAAUGUUUAAAAUAUGCACAUGAAAAUGGAUGUCAGUGGGAUGUAACCACAACGAUAGCUGCUGCAACAAAUGGGCAUUUAGAAUGUUUAAUCUAUGCACAUGAAAAUGACUGCAGUUGGAAUGAAGAAACAAUCAGUAAUGCUGCUUUGAACGGACAUUUCGAAUGUUUAAAAUAUGCACGCGAAAAUGGAUGCCACUGGAAUGAAGACAUAACUAGUGAUGCUGCUAUAGGUGGUAAUUUAAAUUGUGUAAAUUUUGCUCGCGAAAAUGGACAUCCAUUUAAUGAGGACAUAAUUAUAGAAGCUAUUAUAAGAGGCAAUUUAGAAAUUUUAAAAUAUGCACAUGAAAAUGGAUUUCCAUGGCCUGAAGGAACAACAAACGUAGCAGCAAGAAUAGAUGAAUUGGAUUUUUUAAAAUAUGCUCAUGAAAACGGUUGCAAAUGGGAUGAAGGUACAUUAGUUAAUGCUGCCGUGAAUUGCCAUUUUAAAAUUUUAAAAUAUGCACAUAAAAAUGGAUGUCCUUUAGAUGAUAGGAUAACUACUGUGGCUAUCAAUAAUGGUGAUUUAGACAUUUUAAAAUAUGCACAUAAAAACGGAUGUCCAUUAGAUGAUACGAUAACUAAUGUGGCUGUGGAUAAUGGAUAUUUUGAAAUUUUAAGAUAUGCACAUAAAAAUGGAUUUCCAUGGCCUGAAGGAACAACAAAAGCAGCUGCAAGAUAUGGCAUAUUAUGGUUUAUAAAAUAUGCUCAUGAAAACGGUUGCAAAUGGGAUGAAGAUACAAUAGUUACAGCAGCCAUGAAAGGUAAAUAUGAAAUUUUAAAAUAUGCACAUGAAAAUGGAUGUCCAUUAGAUGAUAGGAUCAUUAAUGUAGCUAUUGAUAAUGGUUAUUUUAAAAUAUUAAAAUAUGUACAUGAAAAUGGAUUUCCAUGGCCUGAAGGAACAACAAAAGUAGCUGCAAAUUAUGGUAAUUUAGAAUUUUUAAAAUAUGCUCAUGAAAACGGUUGCAAAUGGGAUGAAGAUACAAUAGUUACAGCAGCCAUGAAAGGUAAAUUUGAAAUUUUAAAAUAUGCACAUGAAAAUGGAUGUCCAUUAGAUGAUAGGAUAACUACUGUGGCUAUAGAUAAUGGUUAUUUUAAAAUUUUAAAAUAUGCACAUAAAAAUGGAUUGUCAUGGCCUGAAAGAACAACAACAGUAGCUGCAAAUUAUGGUAACUUAGAAUUUUUGAAAUAUGCUCAUAAAAACGGUUGCAAAUGGGAUGAAGAUACAAUAGUUACAGCAGCCAUAAAUGGUAAUUUUGAAAUUUUAAAAUAUGCACAUGAAAAUGGAUGUCCAUUAGAUGAUAGGAUAACUACUGUGGCUAUCGAAAAUGGUUAUUUUAAAAUUUUAAAAUAUGCACAUGAAAAUGGAUAUCCAUGGCCUGAAGGAACAACAAAAUUAGCUGCAAAUUAUGGUAAUUUAGAAUUUUUAAAAUAUGCUCAUGAAAAUGGUUGUCCAUGGGAUGACGGUACAAUAGUUACAUCAGUCAUAAAUGAUAAUUUUGAAAUUUUAAAAUAUGCACAUAAAAAUGGUUGUCCAUGGGAUGACGGUAUACUUACUGUGGCUAUUAAUAGAAGUAGUUUAAAAAUUUUGAAAUAUCUAAUUGAAAAUGGAUGUCCGUGUGAUGAAAAUACAACACAAGCUGCUGCCAGUUAUGGUAAUUUAGAAAUCUUAAUAUAUGCAUUUGAAAACGAUUGCAAACGGUAUGAAGGUAUAAUAGUAACAGCAGCCAUGAAUGGUAAUUUUGAAAUUUUAAAAUAUGCACAUGAAAAUGGAUGUCCAUGGGAUUAUGACACAACUAGAGUUUCUGCAGCAAGUGGUUGUUUAGACUGUUUAAAAUAUGCUCAUGAAAAGGAGUGUCCAUGGCAUGAAGAAUCAUUAAAUACGGNGUCCAUGGCAUGAAGAAACAU